AUGCACGAUGAUAAACUAGAAAAUGAUAACAUUUUCCCAAAACCUCGCCGAUGGCCACUGUACAACGAUGUGGUACAUAAACCUGAAGAUGGACCGGUAGAGCGGUAUUACUGUCACUAUCGUGAUAACAUCAAGUACUCUCCCAAGAAGAUGUACUACGUUGCCAGUUUUAUCCGAGGAAUGUCAAUUGAUGAAGCCAUCAAACAGCUGACCUACAUCAAUAUGAAGGGCGCUAGUGUUGUGAAAGAAGUGCUUAAAGAAGCGCAAGAAAUCGCUGUAGCAGAACACAAUUUUGAAUAUAAAUCCAAAAUGUGGAUUGCCGAGAGUUUCUGCUCAAAAGGCCUGAUCCUGAAAGGGUACCGAAAGCACGCCAGAAUGCGUUUUGGCAUUGUUCACUACUACCACACCCACUACAUGGUGAAGCUUGUGGAAGGCGAGCCACCGGUAGGAUAUGGCCCAGCACAGGGACCAGUGGUGGAGAAUAUGACGGCUGAAGAUCGACUGAGUCAACACAUUGAAAAGUUGAGAAAGCGUCGUAUUGACUUUGCCCUUUAG